CUUUUACGACCCAAGAUGCGCUGCAGCCGCAGCUGAAGUGAUCGAGCUAGAGGACAUUUCUCUCGUAGCCAAGAACAUGCCUGCGCUCAUAUUACCGACACGAGGCUCUUCCAAUACCUAGCCUGGUCUCUGUAGCCCCCCUCCCCUCCCCCCUCGUGUUUCCAGGCAGCCUUCCAAGCCUCCGAGAACCUGUUGAACGCACACUUGGCUCUCAGCCUGAGAGGCCGAUAAACCGGUGGCUGGAAGUCAUUUGCACUUUGGCUUCUUGUAAGACACCUUUCGCUCACAAUGCACCAGCUCAAACGGCGCCCAUCAAUACACCACACCAAUACUGGAGCACAAUCUUCCACCAUAGAUGAAGUGGAAUUGCGCAGCUACCAAGCCGAACAUUUGAAUCCCUCCAACAAUGGAUAUGACUCUGAGGGUCACUGCCUCAGCGCAUGUACCGUGCAGUACAAUUGUCGAAGUCAAAACGGAAAAGAAGAUACUGGCCAAACCUCCAUGAGAGACCCAAUUCCAUUGUGGAAGCGCUACACAGUAUCCACUGUACCUCUGCGGAGAGGGCAUAGUUAUCUUUCUGAUCGUAUGAGACGAAGCAGAUUCCAAGGGUGGCGCAUGGGCGUCCUGUUUGGAUGCUUCACGUCGUUCACCGUGCUCUGCAUUAACGUCGCACUUCUUGCACUCGGUGCUAUCAAUAACGGAGGCUACAAAGGCGGCGUAGCAGGCUUGAUCUACGGCGAUGGCCGCACAGUCUCAAGAUGGAACACCGGCAUGCAUGUGUUUAUCAACAUCCUCGGAACUUGUCUUCUUCUAGAGGCAACCAUACUAUGCAAGUCACCAGCUCACCAACAAGGGAAGCGAUUGACAGAAUGCACUGUAAAGGAUUCUGGGCCGCGGUUGGACUGCUCAGUCCGCGGAAUUGGAAGAAGAUUGCGAAAAAACGGGCACUGCUCGCGUUGGUACUGGGACUGUCGUCUGCACCCUUGCGUCUGUUCUACAAUGCCAUAGUCUUCCAUGUAGUCGUGCAACACCGUUUUACUGAGCGCGCCAUCAGUCUUAAUUCUGCUGAAUACACCAGCAUUGCAGCGAACGCAUUCAACACCGAUAUUGCAUCAGACGCGUCCUAUGCCUCCCUCACAAACGAUCAAUGGAAGUCAGGUUUUGCUCACGAUACUACGAUGACGUACACCGAGCUCAUCCUUGUAUUUGACAAGUUCAAAUAUACCAAG